UAACAAAAGUGAAACGAAGUAGUAGUUCUAAACACAAAAGUAAAACUAUAAACUCCAAUACACUCCAACUUAAAAAAAUUAUAAAUUGAAUUUUGUGAAAGUAGAUUAAAUUUCAUAAAAUAAGAGCCAGCAAGCAUUAGUACUACUACGUUGUCUUUAGCCAGAUAUUUUAGUUAAUAAUUAUGAACACGAAUUACACAAUUAUGUGGCACAACACAAAGAGAGAGAAAGAUAAAAGAGAUCCUGUGGUAUUUGAGUUCCCUAAGGUGCCACAUAGUCUUCUAUUAACCACCAGGUUUUAUGAGUGGCAAGAGUGCUGUGGACAAAUUGACAUCCUUGUGUGGCUACAAUUUCGUGGCACCAAAACUUAGAAAAACAAACACUUUUUUGCAUAUAAAUAAUAACUGCAGGAGCAUGGUUGAGAAUCAGGGUGGUGCUGAGUACCAAAAGAAGCUAAAAUGGGCCUAGGGACUCUGCCAUUGACCCCUUCUUAUACCAGUUUUUCUCCAAACUCAGGACUUAUCCAUGACACUCUUGAUUGCAGCAGAGUGAAUAGAAGCAUAAAGUUCAGAGUUUCAGCCAAACAAGAGAAGCAAGAUGCCAAUAAGAAAAAACAGUCCUUGUUUAGCAGUGUGACUGAGGCUCUUGAUUUUUCCCAAGUGAGAUCUGCUGAAGAUGCUCAGCUUAUAGAAGAGGCUAGAGAAGCCACAAGAGCUGGAGAAAGGAUGAACAGAGAACAGUAUGGAGCUCUUAGAAGGAAAAUUGGUGGUACAUACAAGGAUUUUUUCAAGUCCUAUGUUGAAGUGGAUGGAGCAUAUGUUGAAGAGGGAUGGGUUGACAAAACAUGCAAGGUAUGCAAAAAGGACACCAGGGGAGAAGAAAGGCAAGUGGACAACUUUGGAAGAUAUGCUCAUGUUGCAUGUUUAGAGAAGUCCAAAUCAGGGAACUUUUUUACCAGAUUGUUCUCUUCUUAAAGAACACAUUUUCUCAUAUACUAUUAUAAAGUUUCUGUUAUUCAUCCAAUGAUCACAUUUUUUUAAUUUUUAACUAAGUUUACAAUUUCAAAGCUCUAAACUUGCUGAAACAAAAAAUGUAUUUAUCUGAUUGUGACUAAGAGCUACAAUUGAAUCAUUCUUCAAGAAACUAACAAGCUACUACAUCCGAUUUAAUUAA